AUGUUUAGGAUGCAGUUAGAACUGCUACUCAUUUACUAUCUGGUGAGGUUCGUGGAACCCAUCUGUGCGUGCCUCCGCGUACAUUUAGAAGCUCUACAGAAUCGGGCAAUUUCAGAAACCUUAGGGACCAAACGAAGGAGGGCAUACGAGACUUAUUUGGAACGACUCAGUACUGUCCGGAAGAAUAUACUCUACUUGCUGCGCUACGGAAAUGUACUGCCGUUCCACUGGAACACUAAGGGAUUUAGCUGCUUCUAUUGUGCGAAAUCUAUGAAAGACUGCGACACAUUAAGAGAACACACAUUGACCAAACACACUUCAGUUGAUCUAGAUACAUUUAUACCCCAAAGAAUUGUAACAAAAAAUGUACCAGUGAAAAUAGAUGUGACGGAAUUAGCUUGCAAAGAAUGCUCUGAACCCCUGAGCAGCGUAGAGGAGCUCAUAGCACAUAUUAUAUCUAUCCACGGAGAAUUGUAUGACAAUUCAGCCGGAGUCUGCGUUUUCCCAUUCAUUCUCAACAAGGACAUAAUGCAGUGCUUCUUAUGCGAAAACCGAUACGACAACUUUCCAUCCAUGGUCUCACAUAUGUACAAGGAGCAUAUAGCGCACCAUUCCAUCUGUCAAGUGUGCGGUCUCAGCUUCAUUGACAAAGUACGCCUCUCUAGACAUAUAAACAACUGCCAUCUAGGUCACAAAUGCAAAAUUUGCGAAAAAGUCUUCGACGCCUCACACAAACUCGACAGACACAAGGAAAGGAUUCACGGUCGCACGAAAACGCACGAAUGUAACUUAUGCAGCGCGAAAUUCGACAACGAUUACCAAGUAAAGGUUCACCUAGGAAAAGUGCACAAUGUAGAGAAAUAUAGAAUUAAAUGCGAGCACUGUCCUAAGAUAUGUACUACUAAAGGAGCAAUGCUACUCCAUGCUCAGUCUAUGCAUUCCGAUGUUAGGUACGAAUGCGAUCUUUGCGAGUACAAGACCGCCAUAAAAUGGAUGAUAAAGCUUCACAAACGCAAGCAUUUCGGGGAAAGGGACUACGCGUGUAGCAUUUGCGACAGGCUGUUUGGUCGGUCGAGUAACUUGCGAGCUCAUAUGAAGGUGCACACGGGUAUAUUCGGGCGGGUGUGCCGCUGGUGCAAGCGAGGGUUCACGGAUUUGGAGGCGCUGGAGAAACAUGAGAAGGAGACGCAUUACUAUACCAACUACGUAUAA